AUGGCAGAGACUCUGGAAAUGGUCCUCGAAGAUGCCCAAAGCAUAGUUACUUUAGGCACCAAUUCUGAUAUCUUAAAAAACAUCAAUACUACAAAGAUUAAUGUCGAAAUAUUACAACUUCAGCCCAAAUUUGCGAUCAUAAAGCAUUUUACAGAUUCAUUGAA